UAUGAUGGUGACAGAAAACAGCAAAAGCUAUAUCCAAAAAUGGAUAAAGAAUCUCUUAAGCGCGUUGGGGUACUUACGUUGGAAGAAGUUGACAAGUUAAGGAAAAAAUCAGAGCACAGUUGAAUCAUCUCUCUGCUAUAAAUACAGAGAGGGGGUCACAACUCAAAAUCACAACAAGCACAACAGAGAGCAAGAGAUUCAAAUAGCAAAAAACUUAAAUAUUCUUUCAAAAAAAAAGAUGGGGAUCGUAGCAUUCCAAUGGAGAGAGGGAGAAAACAUACUGACGCUGCUGCAGAACAGAGAGAACUGGCAAUCAAGGCAAGUUUAAAAUUCUUUCCCUUUUUUUUAUGGGUGAUUAAUAGGUCAAUAAGAAAGGCGGCUUGGGAACGGGAUGAAACUGGAACUUACCAGAUAUUGAGUGGUCGUUGCGAAGAGACCGAUGGGACGUGGUUAGGUAUUUCUAUUCGAGGCCGAGUCGCUUUUCUUGUGGAUGCAUGGCCCCUACUUGUCAAUGACAGAUUCAUCGGUGCCGAGCGUCGUACUCUUGAGUUCUUAGAGAGCAACGAGAGUCCAGAGGACUUUGCAAAGUCAUUGGCUGCAGAUACCGGACAUACCGCACGUAACACGCAGAUAUCCUAUCAGCUAAUUGUGGCCGACAUAGCUUCAAACUCAAUGUUUUAUAUCUCCAAACCAUCUUUGUCUGAAAAUGGCAUUGUCCAUAUAGAGCCUGUUGGUCCUGGUGUUCAUACCCUAUCUUCAGAUGGACUCGAUUCCGAAGAUGGACGCAGGGACUUACAUCUGAAAAACUCUUUUGGUGAGAUGAUUAACAGAGAACGACUACCACCAAUAAGGGAGCUUGCUAGGAUUAUGUAUGAUCCAGUCAGAGCUUACGAAAGAGUCCCACUGAUGUCUAUUUUUGUCGUCGACAUGAGGAUUGGAUCCGAACACUAUGGAACAAGAAGUACGACAGCAUUGGUGGUGAAACGCACCAACGACGUGAUGUUCUUUGAGAGGUACAGGGAGAAAUUUAAUGAUAACUGGGAAGAUCACGACUUCGCGUUCACCAUCAUCUAGUUACAAUGAGACAUUCCGCAGCAUCCGAAUAUUAUUAUCUAUACUAAAUAAUCUUGUUGAUGCUGUAAUUAAUUAAUACAUCAUAAUCUUGUCGGUUCAGGGAAACCUAUUUCCUUGGUCACACACUAUAAAUCUCUAGUCUAUGAACGUUAUCCUCUAAAUAAAUAAAAACUAGUUGGAUUUCUGAAACUUUCCUAUGUAGACUGUUCAGUUUAUAUUUCAUCUUAUUCAGUUCUUGAGUUAUUUUUCCAGAGUUUCUCGUUAACUUUACUUUCACGUUAAUUCAUGUAUUUUUCAAAUCCAAUGAGAACAUCGAUCGAGCCAUAGUUUGCAGAAUGAAUGUACACAACUGGGAUAGCUUAUACUC